AUGGAGAUGGACGAUAACCAGACUUCUUCGUCACAAGAGACAGCCUCUUCGCCCCCUGAAAGACUUGACCAUCUACCUAUAUCCCGCACACGUAAUAUCGUCGAAGAGAAUCUAUCCCGCACCUUUGCUGCCGACGCACCGUCCCAUCGAGCUGCAUGGAGGCGCAUCGAAGAGAAUGGAUCAAUCUAUGCUUCGCUGCGAAAGUUAUCACCGUCGUCUGAUGAUGACGGUACCGAGGAAGAUGAAAGUAGAAUAUCAAAAUUAGCAAUGUCAAUGCCCAUGGCAAUCCAUCUGCCUAAAUCAAGGAUAAAAGCUGUCCCCGAAUUCGAAAGGAAGACGUCGCUGUCCGAAAGAACGGGUGUACUAGUACCCCCUCUGCUCAAAGUAAUGAAAGAAAGAGGCUCACCACAACCCACACCAAGGGGAAGAACCAAGAAUGGCGAGGUGAUAAGAAAAGGAUCAAGAUCAGCUUCCGUUUCAAGAGAAAGAGAACAAGUUCAGUCGUUUUCCAAUGACCCCGGAGCGGUAUUCGAGUCAUUAGGUGAUGACGAUGAUGAAGAUGAGACUGAAGAAGAUCAAGGAACGCUGAGGGAUAAAGGAUUUGUCCCGCCUCAUGUAUUAGCUAGAAAAGGGGAUAAGGAGCAACUGCCUAAUGUAGGUUGGAGAAGUAUGGUAUCGAGCUAG